UCAUAUAUAAAGAAAGUUGGUCACAUGUUAUUAAUACUAGCUAGCUAGGUACUUCAGCUAGCUGCACGUUUUAGUCGCACGAUUCGUGAUGAUGAUUAAACUCAUGGAAGAAGAAAGAGAUUGUUGUUCCACGAAUUCCACGAUCACAACCACCAGCAACAGCAGCAGAGAGAAUAAACGGAAGCACCAACAAGACAAGCCGUACAGAGGAAUAAGGCAGAGGAAGUGGGGCAAGUGGGUUGCAGAGGUUAGAGAACCUAACAAGAGGUCCAGGAUCUGGUUAGGCUCUUAUGCUUCACCGGUCGCCGCUGCACGCGCCUACGACACCGCCGUCUUCUACUUGAGAGGCCCCUCCGCCCGCCUCAACUUCCCGGAGUUGCUGUUCGAGGACGGCGGUGUCAUAUCGGCGGAGCAAGGCAGCGACAUGUCCGCGGAUUCAAUACGGGAGAAAGCCACCAGAGUCGGCGCUAGAGUGGAUGCUCUGCAAACCGCUCUGAAGGCAUCCUCGUCAUGCUCCGGUUCAAGUCAGACCACCACGGAAAAACCAGAUUUGAACGAGUAUCCAAAAUCUGAUGAUGAUGAUGAUGAAGACUCCUAGCUUUUACCUUGAAGAUUAAUUAGUCACGAACCUAUUAGCGUAUGUUGUUGUUAUGUGUGGGAUUUGAAAGUGCCUCUUAAUUCGCCUAUCUUCUUCUUGUUUAUUCCUCUAGCAAGAUAUUUCCACGGUCGACAAAUCAUAGGACUAAUUUCCUCAAAACUUAAUGGGAGAUCAUAUUAAUUAAGUAUAUAUUCAGAAGCAGAGAAUAUGAAUUUGAUUCUAAAGAAGUCCAAUUAUAUACCGUUAUGCUA